CUAUCGGCGACGGGACUUUGAAACGUUGACAUGUGAAAUCGGGCACGAGUGGAGAUGAAGCACGCCUCGCGCUUGUCGCGGCGAUGACGGACGUGUUACAGGCGUUGCGCGAUUUACAGCCCUCUUCUUCUCCGGGUAGGGGCGUGUUCCCUCGGCGCGUAUAAGACACGCUAAACGAAGACCUGUCGUCGUUAGACCGCAGACUGUCGAGCCGCGAGUGCGCCUCAUUAUGCGCGGGAGCUCACUGUGUCUUCUGCUGCUGUCCAUCUUCCUGGUGAAGGCUUACGUAAAGUCCUGCAAGUACUGGUGCAAGGCGGGCCAUCGAUAUUACUGUUGUCCGAGCGGCAAGAGUGAAUCCUGGUCGGAGCACGGCUGGCACUCGCUGCUGUACCCUUGGUUCUGGCUCGGCGUCGACGACUCGCACGAGCUACCUUGGCAUGAGAUCGUAAAGAAGCCGAAGAAGAAUUGUCCGCCCUUGCGGGCCCACUGUCCCAGGACCUACGACUGGUACAAGCCGCCCGAUCUCUGCGACAGCGAUGACCACUGCAACGACUGGGAAAAAUGCUGCUACGACGUUUGCUUGGAGCAUAAGACCUGCAAAGACGCGGAGUAGAGUUCCCACGUGACUCGUCGGCGGCUGCGACCAAGUUGUUGAUCCCUCCAAGGCAGCCUCCGGUAAUGAAGCCGUUAUAAAAAUCCCGUCUUUCUUCGAUACCAUCGAUAUCGUUAGACGUUAAUGUAAUGAUACCGCGUCACGUAAUUGUACCAUUGUCUCGGAAUCCUUGCGCAUCUUAACUUGCAUUUUAUCUUUGGGAAUAUAAAUAUGUAAACUGUGGGAUCUCUUUACCAUUGAGCGGCUCCGAGUGCCAUUAAUUCAUGGGCGCAAGCAGCUUCAUACGACCGCAGUUGAAGCAACUUCAGUUUGAUUCAGUUGGAAUUAAUAAUGAAAUUUCUAACACCGCAGCGUCAAACUUUUUAUCAUCUGAGGCUGUUGUGUUGUACUUUUUCUUGCGCCUCCGCCGUUGAUUCCUCCUUCUCGCACAGCGCAUCGAAAUAAAUUGAAACUAGUAGUCCGCCAAUUCACUCGAUACUCCAUCUGCUUCCGCUCGACAUUACUUGCCUGUUUCAUUUUUCUUUCAACUGCUCCAAUGGAUUGUGUCGGCGAGUGUGACUCAUAAAUUCACAA